UUAAUGCCACUGCACAUUUUGAAGGAGAGGCAACGGAGCAAUAAACGUGCAUUUAAGUAUCAAAAGGCAAUAAUUUUUUAAAAAAUAUUAAAAAACUACAUCACCGAAGCCAUCCCCGUGAGAUAUGGUGUAACCUAAGGGGCUCUGUAACAACCUGGCACCUGUUCCAAAUUUGAAUCCAAAAAGGCAAACAUCAGUUAAUCUGCACGCCUAGUACCAGAGAAGCUUGUGUGCACUCUUAAAAGCAUCGAUCGUUGCGUGAUUGCCGCACGCCCGAAUGAGAGUCAUGAAUGAUACCACCAAAUGGUGAAGAUUUAAAAGUGAAACGUUAUGUCGUUUAUGAUUUAACGGUACGUUUGGGUUCAAAAUUCGCAGCGGAUUCUGGACCGGCUGUUAUAAAAAGACGUUACACAGAUUUCCGUGAAUUGUAUAUUAAACUUAGGCGUGAUCAUCAUGUUCUCAUGUCUAGGGUAGAUUUUCCAAAUAAAGUUUUAAUGGGUAACUUUUCUGCUAUCCUUAUAGCUGAACGUGGAGCUUCCUUUGAAGCAUUUCUGAAUUAUAUUGUUAAUAAUGAGACUCUAAAGCAAUCUCCAGAAUUUUUACACUUUUUGCAAAAUAACGAAUUAACUAAGGCCUGUCAAUUAAUGGAUGAACGCAAUGAUAGCUGUGUACCGAUAUUGGAAAAUAAUAAUAAACUGUGGUAA